AUGUCAUUGAACAUAUCAUUAUACACAGUUUCAGCAUUACUAAUAUUAGACAACGAAGGAAAUAGAUUAUACGCGAAAUAUUAUACAUCAACAUUAGAUGAAACACAACCAAUUAAGGAAAUAAAAUCACAACAACAGCAACAACCAAAAUCAACAAAAUCUCAAGCACAAAUUAAAUUUGAAAAAAAAUUAUUUAACAAAAUCAACAAGAUAAAUCAAGAUAUUAUAUUAUUUGAUAAUCAAAUUAUAGUUUAUAAACAAAUAAAUGAUGUUACAAUUAUAUUAGUAUCACCAAUAUCAGAAAAUGAAUGUUUAGCAUAUACAACAUUAUCAAAUUUAAUAGAAGCAAUAACUAUAUUAUUAAAUAAUUCAAUUGAUCAAUCUACAAUUGUAACAAAUUAUGAUUUAGUAAGUUUAGCAAUUGAUGAAACUAUAGAUGAUGGAAUUAUUAUUGAAUAUGAUCCUGCUACUAUUGUAAGUAGAGUUACUAAUGCCCCGGUUGUUUCAACUGUUGAUUUAAAAAAUAUAGAUAUUAGUGAAAAAGGGUUAUUUAAUGCUUUAAGUUUUGCUGGUAAGAAGUUACAAGAGAGAUUGAAUCAAGGUUUAUAA